AUGGCCGGGAAACUGAUCAACUUCCCGGCGGCGGUGGCGGCGCGUGCGGCGGCGGACGGCGACCGGGUUUGGAGCCGAAGACUCGCGACGGCGUUCCGAUGGGGCCUGGUGGCUGGCAGGGAUUGGGGGGCUGAUUUUAGAAAGCUAUCUGCUGGAGCUGCUUUGGUUGGUCUAACUUUAUGGCUUGAUCACAUGCAGGUAAAGUUUCCUCUUUUGAAGUUCUUAGUUCUGAUAUUCUUACGGAUGUGGCUGAAGGACUCACCAUUUUGUUUGGAUCUUGAGUUGAAAAAUAGAACUACUCUGUCUGAGACAAAUUCGAUGUACCUUAUUGAAGGAUGUUUUGUAAGACGUGGACUUGUUCCAGCAUAUAAGGACAUAACUGAGCGGCUUGGGUUGGUACCCCCUAAGAAGUUUUCAAGGCUUGCUUUACUGCCAGAUGAGAAAAGAGAGAGAGAGAGAGUUAUUAAAGCAGACAUUGAAGGGCGAAAAGGAAAAUUAGCGAAGUCUACAACUGGGAUAAUGAGAAAGAAGAAAAUCACAGACUUUAGGAAGAAAAGGCUUCUUAGGAGAACUCAUCCAUGAACAUCACAUGGUGGAGUCUUGAUUGCUUACUGGAGAAUAAAACACAUCUCAGUUCAGUAUGUCUGGGAAAUGCUGUCAGAGAGCCAGUGGUGUCUAUUCCUGCUUGGGAGGACAACCGCUUUUGCUGCAGCGAUUUAGUCCCACCCUGCAUAAUCCAUUUGCAUAAUGAAGCAGAAUAGUUACUUGCAACUCCUAUAGCUCUAAGCUCUGGAAAUGUAACACUUAAGCCUGCUAUCAUUAGCCACCACCCGCCAGUAAGGGUGGCUCAACAAAAUAUCAUUUGAGUUUGCGGUGGCUACAAGUAUUAAACAAUGAACGGGAUCGUCGGGAUCUUGUAAGUAUUAGAUAUUAUGUGUGGGUUGGCAUUCUCUUAUUUUCCCCUCUGAUGUUUCUGACUCUUGCAAAUGUGCCUACGCUAUUAUUUCACAUUGUGAAGUUCAGCAUUGUAAUUUUCCUUGCUUUUACUGCAGAAUAGGUGCUAACCUAUUUCUACUUCUAAAUUGAGCUAACAAGUUCAGUUUUCUGUCUUUUGGCAAGGACAGGGAUUGUACUAUCAAAUUUAGUAAAAGAAUUAUGGAGCAUUGUUUUUGGAA